AUGGAAUCGUUGAAUGAAUAUGUAUUAUAAUUUAUCGAAUAAUAACGAUGUCAUCGUCAUCCAUUGGAGAAAGCAAAAAUGAUUAAAAUGAAAUGCAACUUUCGUGAUUCAUUUAUUUGCACACAAUGCAUAGAAAUUGAUAGUCAUCUACAAAUGAUGUCAAUGAAGAGAGCUUCAGAUUUGUUAACAAAUUUUAUAAUGUUUGAAUGGAAAUAACCUUAAUAGAAAACUCAGUUAAUAAAAGAUAAAUUACAAUAAUUUACAGAUGUGUUCAAUAAUCUGUUACAAUAGUUGGAGUCUCAGAUCAAUGAAAGAGAUUAGAAAUCAUAAAAUUUAUAAAAGACUUACUACUAGAAAUUGAAUGAUAUAGAGAGAAUAAUUAGGCAUCUUACAACUGAGGCUAAGGCAGAAACAAAAAUAAAAGAUGUUAAUUAAAUGGAUAGAUAAGUUUAAUUAUCUGAUAAUCUCAAAUCUUCUCUUCUUUUAUUACUCUAAAAUGAUGAAUUAUUAUAAACAUGCAAUCAAAAAGAACAUGCAUUCUUUAAUUAAAAAUUAGAUAGGAGACUUCUUAUUUUAGAUGAAACACUCUAGGAUAUGACUUCAUAAAUACAAUAAUAAAUGGAGGAAUUCAAUCAAACAAUGUAGAAUAAUUCAAUAUCACGUAAAUUAUCUAAUCCUGAACCUUUUAUUGGCACUUAAUCAAUGUUAGCAUCUCCUGCAAUGAAUGUUAGUCCAAGCCAAAGAUAACUAUUUUUAUCAACCUUUAGCAGUUAAUUAUCGAAGACUUUUCUGAAUCCAUUUACAUUUAAAUAAGUGCAUUCUUAAUUCAAAUUAAUCAGUCCAACUAGGUUAUUGGUGCCACCAAAUACAGGCAAUAAAACAAAUAAAACCAGAUUGGCCCUAAUAGGACCUCGUUUGUAGGAGGGACCUCUUAAGCCUCCAAAAUCAAUAACGUUUAGCAUCUAACAAUAAAUAUUAUAGACAUUUUAAAUAGGUGUGUGUGAAACAGGAUCAGUUGAAUUGGAUCCUAGCAAACCACAUAAAUUAUUUUUGGCUUCCAAAUUUCCUUUUUUUAACAGAGGUGAUCAAUUAACCCUAACAGUUAAUCCUGCCACUGGUCUAAUAUAAAUGGUAAAGAAUAAAGCAUUUAAUUAACCUGUUCAAACAGAACUAUAAAUAGAUUGUUGGACCAACAUGGUUUUUGUGGUGGCAUCAUCAGAUUGCGGAGGUUCAGGAGAGAUACAAAUUAUUUACGAUGAAUGA